UCCGGGAGCAGGAAAUUGAUGCGGAUGGAGAACCCGCAUCUGCGGUAAAGCAGAACGGCGCACCAGAAAAGAGGGCACGCGGCGCGCACUAUUCGUCCUUGCCAUCAGAGCGUAAUGCGAUCCCCGGCGCCACGAUGGUGAGCAGGCCGAGGAGCCCCCCACAACGCGAGCUCGCCUCUUCGCCGUCGCUGGGACGGGCAGACCUGAAGCAGGGCCUGUGCCAGAGGCGCACCCUGGACCAAGGCGCCGACGCACUGCUGGCCUGCGCCGCCUGCCGGGGACCCAUCCGGGAGCGCUUCUACCUGCAGGCGCUGGAUCAGCCUUGGCACACGGGGUGUCUGCGCUGUUGUCUUUGCGGCACAGGGCUCGACUCGCAAGCAUCUUGUUUUGCCCGAGAAGGACGAAUCUACUGCAGGGACGACUACCUCAGGGCGUUCGUGCGAUGCUGCGCGUGCGGCGCGGCGCUGUCCCCUCGUGACCUGGUGAUGCGGGUACGGGGCGGGCUGGCCUUCCACGUCGGCUGCUUCCGCUGCGCCAGCUGCCUAUGUCCGCUGCUGAAAGGCGACGUGUUCGGCAUGCGCGACAACAGCGUAUUCUGCAAGCUACACUUCCAGGACACCGCGCUGCUAGCAGAGAGAAACAAGCGUAUGCGCACCUCCUUCAAGCACAGUCAGCUGCGUGCCAUGAAGGCCUACUUCACCGUCAACCACAACCCUGACUCCAAGGACCUGAAGCAGCUGUCUCUACGCACGGGGCUCAGCAAGCGAGUGCUGCAGGUGUGGUUUCAGAAUGCACGAGCCAAGUGGCGCCGGAACUUGCUGCGCCAAGCGAGCCACGGACCCGAGAUUGCGCAAGACUCGAGCCCGCUCCAGGACCUCGGCGCCACCAUCACGCUAGAGGAGCAGACGAUUCACUCCUACGCGAACCUCUUCUGAGCCCUGCCCAUGGCGUUUCGUUGCGAUUGUUCGCUAAAUGUGUUGAAAGCCGUUAUUUAGAAUAUCACAAUUCUAACAUUCGCAAACCGCCGUCUAGACUAGAAAAGGAUACUCGCGCAAGGCGACGAAGCGAUGACUUUCUUUACUUGACAUUUGGUGAUAUGGUGGCACAGAGCAUGGCAUCUCUGCGUCCCCGUCUCAUCUAGACUGUAGUGUCGGCUACGGAAAACGUGGCGCUGUUAGUGUACAGUUUGAAACAUCGAAGAGUGCUUGGCGAGCGCUUGUGUCCUCCUCAUGUUGAAAGCAUAGUUCAGCACUCUGCCAGAAGCAGGCUUCUGAGACGGGUUUAAACGUCAUAGGCGAGGACAGCGCGAUGCACUAGUUGGAUGUCCUGUAU